UUAAUCCAGUGUUGUACGUUUAGACGCUUGAAAACCGUUCAGUAAUACAGGAGUUAUGUUGGAGAUGGAGCACACACCAGGCUACGAGUUAGUGAGGGAACGCCAAGCAUCGCCUGCUACCGAAACAGAUAUCCCAAGAGAGCUGGAAGAGCACUCUCCCACAUCUCGCCAUCCACCGGCUUCCGUGCUGAAUGCCAGGAGAUUUUCACGCCUGUCCAGUCGAGACGAACAGGAGCGCACGGCUGCUUUGGAGGCUCUAACCCAGAGCGUUUUGGAGCGCGUGGAGAACUCGGCUCGGCUCGAGAGGGAUAUACUGCUACAGUUGCUACGGGUGUCCAGGAGCUGCCCAAUACCGGACAUUAAAGAGCGAGCGGCAGAGCUACUGAAGAGAGCGCAGGAGGAAGGUGUUGCGAUACCCCAGGCUCUGUCUUCAGGGCCCAGUGCCUUUAUCCCAGCGGAUGAGAUUUUGGAGGAGGGGGCGGGGCAAGACGUGAUGACUGAGGCCUUCUUGUCGAUGGGUCGUGUCGACCACGUCACCAUGGUGAUGGGACUGCAUCCCAGUUAUUUGAACUGCUUCCUGCGGACCCAGAAUGCCUUGCUGCAGCUGGAUGGGCCGCUGCCGUUACCGUGGCGGCAUUACAUCAUCAUUAUGGCGUCUGCACGGCAUCAGUGCUCAUAUUUGGUGCAGCUGCAUAGCUUUGCAUUUCUGCAAGAAGGAGGUGAUGAAACUUGGCUUAAAGGCCUCUCCCACACCCCAACCAAAAUCCAGCGUCUCCACACACUCAACAAACUGCUCGCACACCGGCCAUGGAUGAUCACUCAGGAACACAUACAGGAGUUGGUUAGCCCGGGGGCGGAGCCUCGUUGGUCAUUCGCUGAACUGAUUCAGGCUAUUGUUUUAAUGAGCCACGCCCAUUCCCUGUCCUCCUUCGUUUGGGGGUGUGGUAUCAAUCCAGAACCGGACCAAUCGGGCGGCCACACUUUCCAGUCGACCGCGCAGUCUGGACUCAGCCCUCUCCAACAGAACAACGGCCAGUCGGACUCGCCCAACCGACAAGAGUGGUCUGAGGCUGUGAGUGAAGUAGAGCUGUUGAUGGAGAGGAUGAUGAUGGUCCAACAGCAAGAGGAAGAGUGCACUCAAGAAGAGAUGCUCACACGCUUUGAGAGAGAGAGGAGCGAGAGCUUACUGGAGCCGGCUGAGGGAGUGCGUUGUGUGCCUCCUGAUUCAAUUUCCCAGUUUGUUCCAGAGCCAGACUUCAGCUAUCAGGACUUCAGUCCACGAGGAGAACAGUCUCCAACCACUAUGAGAGCACAGGACUAUUCAUGGGAAGACCAUGGGUUCUCUCUGAUGAACAGACUGUAUGGGGAGAUGGCCCAGUUGCUGGAGGAGAAGUUUCAGGUGGUGUAUGCUCUAACGUACCGCACCAUGGCCAUGCACACGGACGUGGACACAACCACCCUCCGCAAAGCCCUGUGGAAUUACAUCCACUGUGUGUACGGAAUCAGGUAUGAUGAUUAUGACUAUGGUGAAGUUAACCAGUUGCUGGAGCGGAGUUUGAAGGUGUAUAUAAAAACAGUGGCUUGUCACCCAGAGAAGACAACACACAGAAUGUACACCUCUUUUUGGAGACAUUUCCGUCAUUCAGAGAAGGUUCAUGUUAACCUGUUACUGCUGGAGGCACGACUACAGGCAGCUCUGCUUUAUGCCCUCAGAGCCAUCACCAGAUACAUGACUUAACACGUCCGUACACACACGCACAUACACAUA